AUGAUGUACAGAGUGCUGACAUUUCAUUUCAAUGUUGGUCAUUGAGUAUCGCGGUAAUGGUUUAUUAAACUCUGUUAUUGACAACUUACCGUUUGAAUUACAUCUACCAUUUUAUCAGUACUGUGGUCCUGGUACAAAAUUGAAAAAACGACUAGCGAGAGGUGAUACAGGUAUCAACGAGUUGGACAAAGCCUGUAAACGACACGACAUUGCCUACGAGGAAAAUAAAUCGCUGCAGGAUAGACACAAGGCAGACUUUGUUUUGGAAAACGAGGCGUGGAACCGUGUAAAAUCCAAGAACGCUAAUUUGGGUGAAAAAGCAGCCGCGUGGCUUGUAACAACGGGAAUGAAGAUAAAAAGGAAGCUCGGAAUGGGUCAUCGUACACAACACCAAUCAAAAAUUUCAUUCAAGAAAGACAUUGUCGACAAAAUCGAUAAAAAGAUUUUAAAAUCGGUCGACAUAAAACCAGGUAGCAAGUCACUACGAAAAAUCGCUGCAGCGGCAAUAAAAAUAGCCAAAGUCAACACUAAACGAAUUGGGGGUCGAAAAAACGUGAAGAUACCUAGAACAAUUCCGUUUAGUUCGAAACAAGGAGGAAUUCUGCCAUUACUGCCAAUUCUCGCUGGUUUAUCAAGUCUUGGAGCAUUAAUGGGUGGUGCUGCCGGUGUGGCAAAAACAAUAGUCGACGCGAAAAAUGCAAAGAAGAAUCUAGAUGAACAGAAACGACACAAUCAACGCAUGGAGCAAAUAGGAAAAAAGGGUAGUGGAUUGUACUUACGAAAAAACCCAAAAGGAGGUGUUUUUAUGCGUGACGCUCUACCUUUGUAUCCUAAGAAAAACGAAAGUGCCGUCGUGAACCUGGACGAUUCAACAAAUUACGGAACUCACUGGGUUUGUUACGCAAAGAGAGGAAAUCAAGUCAAGUAUUAUGAUAGUUUUGGGGAUUUACGACCACCGUUGGAGAUAAUUCGAUACAUGGGAAAAAAUUGUCAAAUUUAUUACAAUGUACACCCUGAGCAGAAGUUUAAUGAGUCAUCCUGUGGUCGUUACUGCUUGAAAUUUUUAUACAAUAUAAAACAAUGA